UUGUGCAGAAUGUUCCUCAAUUAGUCAAUUGAUGAUUUUACUUGAAGGAGAUGUGAUGUGGAUUCCAAUGAUUUACGAAGACCAAACAAAAAACCAAGCAGUGGUUUGUUUAUAUAAAGACUAAACACUCAAAUUAUUGACUUGACUCUUUACACUCUCUAUGAUGAAAACACUUUUCCUAUGUUGGUUUUGUCAGCUCGUUGUUGUUACAUUGGUAUAUGAACUUAAAUGUCCAGCUCCAGGACAUUGGCGUCUGAGAGCAAGAAAAUUUUAUUGUGGUCAGAGCUAUGUAUGUUUAUUACGUUCACCAGAGAAUUCGUAUCGAGAGACCUGUGAUGGACUCGAUUACAGCAGCUCAGGCAGCAAACUUAUUUUUGAACCAUAUUUCAACAAAGCAGGAUGCAGCUACAACCGAUAUCAGCCUUUCCCAUUCUCAACUGAUGGUAACAAUAAGUGUGUGUAUCAAAAGUCAUUUUGUAAUGAAAAGGGUCAAAUCGUCCACCGUGAAGGAAGUAUGAGAAAUGAUGCAACUUGUGGAUGCGAUUCUUCACAAGGGUACAUAUUUGUCACCACGCCAAAACACAUCUGCUAUUGUAUACCAUCACAAGAAGAUUGCUCCUGUCACAAACUUUCAUGUAAUGAUAAAGAUACACUAUGUCCUUUUAUUGGUUCUGCUGUUCGAAAUGUAUCUUGUCCAAAAAUUGUUAUCAGACCGUCAACACAAAAGAAUGAGUCCUCAACAUCAGUAGACAGAUUUACCGACGGUAGAAGUAGUUAUUAUGAAGGCAGAACAUAUAGAUUAACAUGUGUUUACUUCAGCAAAGCAUUAAUAAUUGUUAUGAUCACUGUUCUAGCGGUAAUUGGAUUGUUAGAGUGGAAUGAUGUUUUAUAUGGCGAUCGUUCAACAGAUAACAACACAACAGUACAAUUAUUGGUAGAUCAAGAUGUAUCUGAUAAUUCGUUUAAUGAAAUGGAAGGCGAUUCGAUAGAAAUUGAACGGUUACAAAAAGAAAAGAAUAGGAUCUUAAUGGGAGAACUUUUAUCUGGAGACGAAAACGGUUAUAUCAAAUUUCUAACAUUUCUAAAAGGAUAUUCGGAAUAUGAUGACCUCGUUUAUGGAAUAGAAAACACAGUUGUAACAGAUGACGAUAGGAUAGCAUUUCAAAAUUGUCAAAGGAACACUUAACAUAGAGCAUUAAUAUGAACGAUGAUCAAAUCAUGUAUGACCAUGUGUGAACGAAACUUUUAAAAAUUAUUGGGACAAAACUCAAUUUCUGAUAAACAUGUUGUUCCUUCGAUACUUAGGAUUAUUUGUGUAAUUCAUUGCUAUACAGAAAACUAGAACACGCCCGCAGCACCGUCGACUGACUUAAAGUAACUUCAUCUUAUUUGAAGCCUUGAUUUCGAGCAUUCGUAUUGUCCUCUGAUAAAUUCAUGCUGGUUGUAAGGGGCAGUUUAUCUGCUUACAUAAUAUUUUUCUAUUUUAACUCGUCUUUAUUUUUU